AAAUCGCAAAAAAAAAUAUCUACCGCGAAUACAAGCGAACUUCGUUAUCUCGAAACUUUUAUUUACUCACUUUUUUAUACAUUCCAUACCUUUUUUCCUUAUUUUUUCGCAACAUCAUGUCCAAGCUGAAGCUUAAUUUAAUAGUUGCUGCAUGCAGAAAUCGCGGAAUUGGCAUUAAAGGAGAUCUUCCAUGGCAUUUGAGAAAGGAACUUCGUCAUUUUUCAAAUACAACGAAGAAAAUCAAUGAUCCUUCAAAGACAAAUGUUGUAAUUAUGGGUCGAAAGACAUAUUUUGGAGUUCCCGAGGAUAAGAGACCUUUGAAAGAUCGUAUUAAUAUCGUUUUGACUCGUAAUAAGGAAGAAUAUUCGUUCCCUGAGUCAGUUUUGGUUUUUUCGAGUCUUCCAGAGGCGUUGAAACACUUGGAAGAAUCAGAAAUUGCUCCGAAAAUUGAAAAUGUUUGGAUUGUCGGGGGAUGUUCGGUGUAUGAGGAAGCAAUGCGAUCAGAUAGAUGUCACAGAAUUUACUUCACGGAUGUUCAGGGAGAGUUUGAAUGUGAUACAUUCUUCCCUGAAAUCGGAAAUAAUUUUAAAAUUGUGCCGAAUGAUCCGGAAAUACCGAGCGAAGUACAAGAAGAGAACGGAAUUAAGUAUCAAUACAAGAUUUAUGAAAAAGUUUAAGGCAUUCCGGUAAAAUAAAUAAUUUUUUUUGAUUAUUUUUUAACUACAAA